CCCUUAGAAUGUGCAAGUAGCCAAAUAGAUUUAUUGGAAAGAAAUUAUUACCUGUGAGGGUAGUGAGGUCCUGGCACAGGUUGCCCAGAGAACCUGUGGCUUCGCCUGGGUAUCUGGCAAUGUCCAAGGCCAGAAUGAACGGCGCUUGGAGGAAGCUGGGCUCUAGUGGAAGGUGUCCCUGCCCAUGGCAGGGGGUGAAACGGGAUAAGCUUUAAGGUCCCUUCCAACCUAAACCAUUCUGGGAUUUUAAGUAGCUCUCUCUGGAAUCGGGGACAGGACCCGUGGAACGGCUGGAGUUGUGUCAGGGGAGGUUUAGUCUGGAUAUAAGUAAAAGGUUCUUCCCCCAGAGGGUUGUCGAGCACUGAACAGGCUGUCUGGGGAAUGGUCACAGCCCCAAGGCUGUCAGAGCUCCAGUGGUGUUUCGACAAUGCUCUUAGGCACAGGGUGGGAUUGUUGAGGUGUCUGUGGAGGGCCAGGAGUUGGACUCAGUGUGACUCUCUUCCAGCUCAGGAUAUUCUGUGAUUCUGUGAAGCUGUCCAAUCACAGUAAAUCUCGACCCAAAAGCUGAGAGUAUUCAGUGCAGCUUCCAGGGUGACAUCAUCUGCUGGGUGGUCUGUUUCUUACCUGAUGGGUCAAGAAUUCCACCUGCUCCUGGUAGCUCCCUCACAGGCUGGGUGACAUUUGCUGAGAUAAGUAAAGUCUGAGUCUCAGCUGGUGACAUUUCAGAUUUUUAAAUGGCAGUGUCUCAGUGUGUGCCCUGUGCUGACUCAGCUCAGCAGGUAAAGGUGGCUGAGGUGCAGAAGCUGACUAGAGGUUCCCUUACUCAGGUUCCUUAAUCAGCCUCUGACAGGGUAGUUUGAACCAAGAGACAGAUUCCCUCUCACCAGUCUCUGAGUGGAUCAUAACACGGUGUUUCCUUGACACUGAAGUGAGCAGAGCUCUGUGAGUUAUAAAGAGUAGAUGGAUUUUCCCUGCCUUCUGAGCAGGAGCUCACAGAUAAUUUCUUGGGCUCUCUGGGGAGCAGCUGCCUUCUCUCCACAGCCAUGCCCAGCCAUGCUCAUCAGUUAAGAAGAAAAAGAGAAGGCAGUACCCCCAUUUCCUUCCCACUUUAUGUAACUCACAGCAUUCCAGACAGGGAAGGACAUGGAGCUGUUGGAGUGAGUCCAAAGGAGGCACCAAGAUGAUCAGAGAGAUGGAGAAGCUCUGAUGUGAGGAAAGGCUGAGAGAAUUGGGGUUGUUCAGCCUGAAGAGGAGAAGCUUCAGGAUGACCUAACUAUGGCCUUCCAGUUGAAGGAGCUGACAGGAAAGAUGGAGAGAAACUAUAUACAAGGGAUGGAGUGACAGGACAAGGGGGUAUGACUUCCCAUUGACACAGACAGAGUUGUGCACCUGCAGCUGGGAAAACCAUGGAGAAGAGUGGAAACAUUCAGCUGGAGAUUCCUAACUUCAGUAACUCUGUUCUGAGCCACCUGAACCAGCUGCGCAUGCAGGGUCGGCUGUGUGACAUUGUGGUCAAUGUGCAGGGCCAGGCUUUCCGUGCGCACAAGGUGGUGCUGGCUGCCAGCUCGCCCUACUUCCGUGACCACAUGUCCCUGAAUGAGAUGAGCACUGUGUCUAUCUCUGUCAUCAAGAACCCUUCUGUUUUUGAGCAGCUCCUCUCCUUCUGCUACACUGGCAGGAUAUGUCUGCAGCUGGCUGACAUUAUCAGUUACCUGACAGCUGCCAGUUUCUUGCAGAUGCAGCACAUCAUAGACAAAUGCACGCAGAUCCUUGAGGGGAUUCAUUUCAAAAUUAAUGUGGCGGAGGUGGAAGCGGAAUUGAGCCAGACCAGGACAAAGCAUCAGGAGAGACCACCCGAGUCUCAUCGGGCAACACCAAAUCUAAACCGUUCCCUGAGUCCACAUCACAACACCCCCAAGGGGAGCCGCCUGGGCCAGGUUAGCACAGUGCUGGACAUUCGGGAGCUAAGCCCACCUGAGGAGUCCACCAGCCCCCAAAUAAUUGAGCAGAGUUCAGAUGUGGAAGGCAGGGAGCCCAUCCUGCGGAUUAACAGAGCAGGACAGUGGUAUGUUGAGACAGGAAUGGGAGAGCGCGGGGCACAGAACGACGAGGAGGUGCGGGUGCUGGGAGGAGUGCGCAUUAAGACGGAAAACCUGGAGGAGUGGCUGGGGGCAGAGCAGCAGCCCUCGGGAGAAGAUGGGAGCAGCGCUGAGGAGGUCACAGCCAUGGUGAUCGACACCACGGGCCAUGGAUCGCUGGGCCAGGAGGCUUUUGCCUUAGGCUCCUCUGGAGCCAAAGUGGUCAGGCCGACCAGCAGCGAGAUCGACAGAUUUAGCCCUUCUGGUAGCAUGGUUGCUGUGACUGAGCGGUACAGAUCAAAAAGCGAGUCUCCCGGGCGGAUGGAUGAGCCUAAGCAGCCCAGUUCCCAGGGGGAGGAAUCAGCCAUGCUUGGAAUGAGUGGUUACGUGGAAUAUCUGCGGGAGCAGGAGGUUUCGGAGCGCUGGUUCCGGUACAACCCACGGCUCACAUGUAUUUACUGCGCCAAAUCCUUCAACCAGAAGGGGAGCCUAGACCGGCACAUGCGGCUCCACAUGGGCAUCACACCUUUUGUUUGCCGUAUGUGUGGGAAGAAGUACACCCGCAAGGAUCAGCUGGAAUAUCACAUCCGCAAGCACACGGGCAACAAGCCCUUCCACUGCCACGUGUGCGGCAAAAGCUUCCCUUUCCAGGCCAUCCUCAACCAGCACUUUCGCAAGAACCACCCUGGCUGCUUGCCCCUGGAGGGGCCCCAUAGCAUCUCCCCUGAGACUACCGUCACAUCACGGGGGCAAGCAGAGGAGGAAUCUCCUCCACAGGAAGAGGCUGUGGCAGUGGGGGAGACAGCACAGGGAUCUGUGUCCACAACCGGGCCAGAUUGAAAUGUGGCUGUGGAGUCCCAGGAGAAAGGACUGUUCCCAUUCCUGGCUCUAAAGAGUCAGCGCCAACCUGGCAGGCUGGUACUGUAAUUAGUGCAAUGCCACCACUGAACAGAAAGAAGCUACCAAGAUGUUGCCAAAAUAGAAAAAUCUCUUUCUCUCUCUUCCUCUCACACACCCCCACACACACACCAAUAGAGUGUUAAAUGUUUUUCUCCCUUAUUCCUCCUCCUCUUGGAGAAAAACAAAACAACUGUGUCAACCAACUUCUUAUUCAGGGAUCGACAGCAUUUUAAAUUUUUUUACUGUUCUGUAGUGAUCUGGGACAAGCAGUCAUUUGUAUUUCUGGACAGCGCUGUGGCCCAGCAGGGUAUCCCGCCAGCAGUGCCAGGUUUAGCCACAGAGCCAUAUCCACUGCUCCCGCUCGAGGGGAGAGCAGGGGCAAGGGGCUGUUACCUUAUUCCCUUCCCCAGGUAGUUGCCAAGCAAAGAGAACAAAAAUACUGUCCUGGUGGAACCUGCCUUGCCCAAGUGUAUUUAUCCGUGUCUUAUUUUUGGUGUGUCUCUUUAUGUUUUUAUUUAAACUGUCAUUUUAGGGCUUUGAGCUUGCCUGUUCUAGGCAUGUGGCUUACAUUUUUAUUUAAACUGUUAUUUUAGGGCUUUGGGCUUGCCUGUUCUAGGCAUGCGGCCCUGGUGCCCCUUGUUAAAGUGGGCACAGCUACAAAGUGGUAUUCCAGAGGUCAGCAAAAUGUGAAGGAAUCACUUCAGCUACUGAGAGUGGAAUUUUGCAGCUGUGAGGUUUGCAUGGGACUCUGAUGCAUUGGGAGAAGGGCUGGAGAGGUCUUCCAGAGGAGGUUGUCCUCUGCUGGAGCUGAACUGGAAAGCUCAGACCACUCUGAGGUCCUGGCUGGAGCACUGUCGUGCUUCAGAUGUUGCUAAGGAUUAGGAAGAGAUUUGCUGGAGUUGCUGAAUUGUGGAGUUAGAGGCUGGCUACCAAAGUCCUUUUUCACCCCUGCUUCCCCCUCGACACGCACUUGAUCUUUUAGAACAGCAAUAUGGGAUAUGGGAAUACUGCAAUGCUGUUGUCACAGCCGAGCAAUCGCAGGUGGUUGCUUUUAAACCUGUUUCUACAAACUAGUUUGAUAACUUUUUUAUCAAUGAAAUGCAAAAAGAAAAGAGAACCUUACUCUAUUUCCUUAUAACAGUUCAGGAGACUUAAUAGUGGAUGAUUCCUAGAGCAAUCACAACUCUGUCCCCUUGCAUGGACUUAACAUUUUUGUAUUCUGAGUAGCUCUGAUGUUUAGAGCAAAUUUAGCAAACCUGGAGAGAUAUGCCUGUGUGUGUAUUGUGGGUGUUUGCACAGGCUUACAUGGUUCAUAACCAGAAAAGCAUGGGACAGGAAGAUAAGUGCAAAUAUCUUGACAUCUUUUUUAAAAAAAAAUAUGCAAUAUUUUAAGAGUUUUCUCUAGUUCUGAUGCCAAGUUGUUCAUGAUGAAGGCAGGGAACAACAGGUUGCAUGAAUCAGGUCUGGUGAAGGAGUACUCUUGAGGAUGUAUAAUGUGUAUAUGAUAAGGAAGGGUGAAGUUCUGAACCUUAAGGUGAUGGGAGGAACAAGGAGACAUUGGAAAAGAAAUAACACUUCAUCUUGCUUCAGCAAGAAAGCUGGAUGAGUGGUUAGAGUGGGGGCUUAGCAGGCUGGAGACUGACCGAGUGACAAUAUAGCUUGACCUGCUGUCUGACUGCCGUUUUGCGCACAUGGAAACAUCUCCAGCCCUUGCUUUACCCAUCUGCAAAUUGGUACUUGGGAUCAUUUUCCUGCCCUUUUGGAGGGAAUCAUUUGGAGAAGGGUAAUGUAUUCUUGCCUUGCUUUAUAGAUUUUUUUAUAUGUGAAGUGUCUCACUGUUCUUCCCAUCUCUCCCUCAAAAAGAGAUGUGGCUCUAAUGUGUUUUUGUGUUUGGGAAAGGGCUUGAUGCCAGUAUCACAUGUAACAGGGAUGAGAUCCUACAAGAGGAACCUUACCUGGGGUUUUGAGCUGGGAACCUGCAAAAUACCAUUUCAUUGACCAUUUCAAACAGGAAAACUGAUAUUUCUCUCUGUUUUCCUUCUGUACCUUCUUCCUCCUCUCCUGUCAAGGGCAUCCAUCACACAGGGAGUGGUUUGGCCACUCAAACAACAAGCUCCAUCAGGUUUCCUGGCAAAGGUCAAACAUCAUGGUACCAAAAGAGUGAGGUUGCCUGAGAGUAGUGACAGAGGAUGAGGUGAGAGGGUGGCCAAGGUAGGAUUUGUUGCAGUCAAGGUGCAGGGAGGAGUGGAGAUAUGCUGCUUUAGUCAUAGCUUUUGAAGUUACCAAAAAUGGAAGAAAAAAGUUAAAAACUUUGAAAUCCUAUCCUGUUCACACUAGAGAGCGUAAAAAGUUACUUUUAGUUGCAUAAAAGAUUUUUAAAUGUUUUAAAAUAGAAAUUUUAAAAGAAUACUACCAAACUAUAAAAAACAAAAAAUUAUUUAUAUACAUAUAUUAUAUAAAAAUAUAGUGGGAAAGUUUCCCUGCUAAGCUUGCUGUGAAGAGAAGGGUGAAGGUGCAGUAACUGCUACACAAGCAACAUUUUUCUGAGACAGGUGGCAACCGUAGUGAAGAAAGGCUGACAUAAAAUGGUGAAUGCCUUUGUUCCCAUGGCAUAGCUGUGAGUUUCUGGAGCAGGUUUUUAUUUUACUGUAUCAAUACUGUGAACAGAGGAGCAUCCAAACAAUACAGGAUGCCGACAGCACGUCCUGUUUGCUGAUUCACUACUUCAAGUGGCCUGGUGAAAAUCAUGAAAUUAGUCCUUCGUACCUUACUAGGCUGAAAACAAAGCUUGUGAAAGGUUUUCAGUUUCUCCUUCUUUGUGUUUGCUUUUCUUUUUGUUUUUGGGUUUUUGUGCAGAGGUUGCCACUGUAUAAAUGAUCAUAUCUGAUUGCAUGCAAAAGAGCCAAUAUUCUUGCCCAGGCCUCGCUGAGGUGAAGUUUAUAGCUUGUAGCUAGAGUCAGUAUAAGGUAUGGUAGUGGGAAUCAUUUUGAUAUUAUUUCUGUGCAUUUAAUGGAUCUGUAUGUAUGUGUGGGAGUCAUGAUGACUAAUAUUUCUUGAACAGUGCUGAAAACAGUUCAGGCCCAUCCACACUAGACAUUGGAACCAGUUCUGAAGGAAUUGUUAUUAAACAUUUCUUUCAGUGGUUGACUUCCUGAGUGCAGAUGAGACCAAGGUUCAAGAAAAAAGGGGUUGGAGGUUGUAUAAGGUAUGGAAAACCUCAUGAAUUUUCUGGCAGUGGUGUAGCUACUUAGAGGUGCUUUCCCUAACAGAAUGAUACUGUGUCCCAUUGCCUCUGCAUUGGUGUGGCUCUUUGCAGUUGCACCGAAACUGGAGAAUCAGAUGCCAGCUUUCCAAGUGUGAAUGUUUCUGUGAUGGGUUGAGGCAAAGCUUUGCAUUCCCAUGUCUAGCUGCAUCUUGUUCUCCCAAAGCUGUGAUUUCAACUGUGAUUUAAGGAGGAUGUGAAGAGAACUCUGAUGUUUUAAUACCUCUGUACAUAACAUUUCUAUCUGCUUUAGAGUUAGGGCUUACUAACCCAUUUGUUUUCUUGCCUCAGGCAACAGGGAAAACACACUCUGGUUUUACAGUUUGCUUUCUUGGAGGUGGACAUAGUUCUUUGCUGUCAAAGAACUUACCUCCCAAAUGUGAAGAGUUGUGGUUAUUUCCUUAAGCCUGCAGCAAGCCCUGGUGCCAAGUGUCAGCCAAGUGACAUGAUGGUUGCCAUGGCUGUUCCCUGGUGCUGCCAGGUUCCCUGUGAAUAGCUGUGAAAAUAGCAAGAAUUGUUUUAAUACUGUGUUGCUGCUUUGGAGAAAAGAUAAACCUCUUUGUCUCAGGAGGAUGACUGAUGUGAAGCUGGGAAAAGGAGAAGGCAAAAAUACAAUGAGAGGAUGUGAAAACAAAUUGUGCUUUCUAUUUCCAGCAGCUAGAGAGGGAUGAAUGAGAGUUUUUUUGGGAUGUGAAUUUGUUACAGGAGGCUAAGAACAUGCUUAGAGCUAACUUAGUAAGAUCCAGGGAUAGCCCGGUGACAGCCAGAGCAGCCGGUGCAAAGGGCAGUCUCUACUUGUCCUCUCAGCAUUAUCCACCAUCAUCUUCUCUACAAUAUUCUCAAGCUGUGAUCUGUAUAAUUUAACUUUAAUUUGGGUGCUGGGAAGAACAGAAAGCAUGUUGUGUCUCUGCCGCUGUUUUAAACCCAGAGAGGUUGGCAGUGACUGACCCUGUUCCCAUCAGACAGCUAUUCAGAGCUUUGGGAACAAGCUGCAGCCCUUCUGAAAAGCAUCAUGGGGCUGGCUUGGUGCAGAGGGCACAGGGCCAGGGUUUCAGCCCUCUGUGAGCUCAAGGCUGAAAUACAUGGACAGGACAGCUCUGUCUGCUCUCAUUGCUUGUCCUGCUCUCAUUUUGUGACAGCUCCAUGGCUGUGUUUCCAUCCCACACAUCUGCAAUAGGAAUGUCACUUAACAGUGACAUGCCCAUUUCAGGAAGUGAUUCCAAGCAGAAUUACUUUUUUCGAGUAAAGUCCUGGCACUUUUGGGUGAUUCAGCCCUAACAAGGCCUUUGCAAGAGCAGAGUUGUAGCUUUUAUUUGCUGCUGACUUCAUGUCUCCUGCAGAAUCCAAUCUAUAAAUAGGAAGACAGCUGCAAAGGCACCAUUGAUUUGGGUGGUAGGUUGAUUGGGAGGUAGAUAGGAUUGUGCCUCUUAAAAGCCAAUAAAAAACAGCAUUUAAAAUUAUUUAAACUUCACCAAAAUAUUCUCUUUGAUCCAUGACUUGCCUGCCAAUUUAGCCAUGCCAGCAUCUAAAUGUUUCUACAGAUUAGUGACAUCAAAUGUUGUUCAGGCUCUGCUGGAAAUAUUUUGGCGAUAGAAAAAGUCCCUGCUCAUGGCAGGAUAGUUGGACUAGAUGACCUCUAAAGGUCCCUUCCAACCCCCGUACUAUUCUAUAAGUCAAGAAGCUAUCAUUCAAGGAGACUUUUUGCCAAGGGCUGGGCUCUGAGUUUUCACAGGAAGCUGAGCCUGUGGCCAGGACUGCAGUUGGAAAGCCUGGAAUCCACUGCCAUAGCAAUAUAACUGUGGUGAACAUUGCUUCUGUUGCAAGGUGAGAGCCAUGCACAGUUUUGAUAUCAGCAGUUAAAGGGCCUAAAGAGGAGCUCAGAAUCCUUAUUUUAAUCACUAUCAUUCACAGAAUAUUUGAAUCUAAAAUACAUAUGUACCUGUGUGUAUAUAUAUAUAUAUAUAUAUAUAUAUAUAUAUGUAUUUGUAACCAAAUAGAAGUUAAAACUAUGCAAGCAAUACUGGCUACUUCUUGAAACUAAAGUCUACCAGAACAUUUUGGAAUAGAGUAGAAUAGAAUAUUUGGAGUAGAUUUGGAGUAGACUUGCUGUGUUUUUUUGGUAUUGAUUUAUAACCAGUAAAAUGCAGCAGACCAAAGUUUUGCUGCAGUUUAUCUUUCUAGAAAUUUAGGUUAUUCCUAACCUGGAACCCACUCAGGUGGUUUACAAAAUUAUCUGAAGAGUCCUACCAUCUCUAAAAUAUUUCCAUCUGCUGAAAGGCUUUGGCUUGGCAAACACAGAAAAACACAGAGGCUGGGAAUUAGGAGAGAUUGAAUGUGAUGCUUGGGCUGAUGGAAUCAAGAAAGGACUGGGAGCAUUUACUUUUGGAUGUAGGAUUGAGUUGGUUUAAGGGAAUCUUCCUUUUUGGGAAAAAUAUCCAUUGCUGAGAUGGAGGCAGUGAUCAGAGCAUCCUUGGGAUGAAUUCUGGUUUUGAUGGAGGUAUUGGAAAGCUUCCUGCUGAAUCUGAUGGUACCAGAGUUUAGGCUGCUGGGAGAAAUUCCACAUGGUUUCUGCCAUUUCUUUGUGUCAGAUCUGAUAUUUGCUUUUAGGAUUAACUGCAUUAUAUCUCUAUGUAACUUUCAGUGACCUUUGGCUUUUUAUUCCUGGAACUGUAGACAAUUCAGGUUUCCCAUAACAUUAUCUUCAGCCCAACUGUGAACAAGUUACUACUGCUUCUUAUAAUUUAUUGUCUUUCUGUUCCUGAAUGUCUGUGUGAUCCAGCUGGUUGCCAGCACCACUUUCCAGUGUUUCAUUAGCUUUUAUGCACAGGGAAUUAUUGCAAUGGAUAAGUUGACCAUGCUAGUUGGAAGAGUAGAAGCCAUUGGAGAAUGACUUUUGCUUCCUCUAGCUGUCAUUAGGGAGUGCACACACACAUAUCUGUAUAUACACAUAUAGAAACAAAUAUAGUGUGUUUCAAUAUAAACUCAUUUAGCAUUAUUCUUAUUUAAUUUAUAUUUUAAUCCAGUUGUAAACCAAAGUAUUACAGCUUGUGAAAUGAUCCUCUUGGAAAUAGGAGGAACUUUUUUUAGGUGGGAAUUCUGAAAGGUCUUUGAUGACAAAAACAUGGAUACAAGACUUAAGAACUUGUGCUGCUGGGGAGUUGCAGCCUUGAAAGAAUUUGAAACUUGCUGGGUAAAGUUGGAUGGUGGGGGCCUUUUGAAGGUGUUCUUCAUGGUCCUUAACAGUUUUGUUGUAAAACAAGGACAUUCUGGCAAAGCUAGAAAUAAAAUGGUAUAAAUCAGUAAAUCAAACAGUGAUCUGGCACAGCUGGGAGCUGGGGAGGAAGCCACAAAAUCAGCCACUGAUGUAUUUAGUGUCUAAUUUAAAGUUUUAGGAAAUGAGCCAUUGCUAUUUUCUGAUGUCUAGAAGUGUUUGGGGGUUUGUUAAUAACUUCUGUGAAGGCGCACGUUCUGCUGUCACCAAUGGGAAGAAUGGAUUUAAAGAUAAGAUCUGGCUGAUUUUUUUUUUGUGUCGGGGAAUAAUUCCCUUUCUGAGGAAUUAACAAGUGCUAAGAACAAAUUCACCUCUAACAUGUCCUUGCAGGCUUGGCAGUGGCUCUUCUUUCUCUAGGGAGAAAGAAGACAACUGAAAUAAUAAGAGAGCUUGACUGUUUUUAGCCCUGGCUGGUGCUGGUAGCACUGGAACUACACAGGGGAAUGGGUAGAAAGGUGGAACAGCAGCAGAGCAUCACUGGGAAGAGGUAGUGCAUGUACCUGGCAUGCCAUGGAUGCUGUGGGCAAGGAAACGCUGGGUUUAGAACCUGCACAGGGGCAGAAGCAUGCAGGAAAUGCUGCUGCCUUGUGAGACAGGUGUCCAAAGAUGCCUAUCCUGCACAUGACAGCUGAGCAGCACCAGUGUUUUACUUGCUGGAGCUGUGAAUAAUAAAGGAAAAAGGGCCAGUCCCCUGUGGGGGCAGUUUUGCUGUGAGCAUUUCAAAAACUCCAUUGGAAGGAACUGAAGGGUGAGAAGUGAAGGGUGGAAAGGGUGGUACCAGACUUCAAAAUGCCAUUUUCUGAGUUUUCUACAAGUGUUGAAGACUGAAGUUUGUUUUUGUUUUAGUGCUUUCUCCUUUACCUAUAUCAUUUUUCCUAUUUAAACUCCACAGCUCAGGGGAGGGUGCGGAGAAGAUGGACCCAGACCCUUCCUGGAGGCACAUGGUGGUAAGAAGGAGCAGCAGUAGGCAGCAGUUUUUACAAGGCAAAAUGAGGUUAGGUAUGAUAAGACAUUAUCUCACUGUGAGUAUACUCAAACAGCAUUGGAUCUGGUUGUCUAGAGAGGCUGGGAAAUCUCUAUUAUGGGAGAGUGCAGCCUCCAAGUUCCUGUUUCCAUUAGACUGCACCAAGCUGUAUUUUUGUUGCCUUUUUUUUUUAGUUUUAUCAUGUAAAAUGGGCAGCUUUACUGGCCUUCCUAGUUUGUAUAAGUUAAGCUUUUGAAACACGUUCAGGCAUUUUUAAAUACUCCUGUGUAAGUUCCUUAUUUAAUCUGACAUACUCUGAUUUAUUAUUUUACUGCAGGCAUCUAAGGCAGUACUUAAAAAAAUAAGUGCAUUAUUUUUUUUGCAGACUUUCAGCUUAGUUAUUGUUAAUGUACCUAACACCCUUCCUCUCAGAUCUAUGGUGAAAUGCCUGAAUUAUUUUUAUACUGCAGUAAGGCUUACUUAUUUAAACCUUCCCAUUACCUUUGCAGUCAGACCCAAUACCAUUGGCUAUGAAACUGUGAAACUAAUGAGAAAUGAAAAAUGAAGUUGGAUUGAUUAAUUUACUGCUGAUCAUAAAAUACAGAAAGUGGCAGUAUAAAAAGAUAAAAUACAUUUGAAAUUAGUUACUCAAAUCACAGAAUUGUGGAAUGGUUUGGGUUGGAAGAGACCUUAAAGCUCAUCAUAUUCCAACCCCCUGCCAUGGGCAAGGAUGUCUUCUGCUAGAAUUGCAAUAGAAAUUACUGAGUCUGGGGCAUGAGGAGGAGUCACAAAACUAGUCUGAGAGAAACAAAUUAACUUGGUGGCAAUGAAUUGGUUCCCCAAUUGGGCAUUGGUUUGAUACGGGGGUUUGUACCUCUGAGAGUGUAUCUGAAGAGUUUACAUAUGUAAAACUCUGAAUUACUGUGAAGCUUUUUCUUGAAUCCUUCCUUGCCUGUGCAUUGGUAACUGAACACAACUCUUGCCUGCAAGAGGCCAGUGGGAGGAGGGUGGCAGCUGUGGGUGAUACUAACAUCUGGACAGUGCAAUUCUUGGGCUGACAGAUUGGAUUUUGGGAAGAGGCAUGAAGCCCCAACCCCACUGUGGCUGUCUCCAGCCCCAGGGCAUUCUUUCAGUCGAUGUGUAUUUGCAGAGGCCGUACAGGGCAGCCUGGAUCUCCAGAGAUGCAGGGAAGGAGGGUGUAGGUGGCAUGCAGGUACUUUUCUCAUGUGUUAGAAGAUUUCUUAAGCCAGAGUUGUGCUAUUGGGGGAAGCACCCCAAGUGAGAUUGAGAGUAGAAUUUUGUUAUACCCGAAAGCUGACACUAGACAGCUUUUUCCAGGGCUAUGUUUUCAUGGGGCAAGUGCCAGUAAGGAAUAUUGGGAAGGGAGAGAGGAGCGUUGUUCAAGUAAGGCAUGGUUGUUUUGUGUUGGUGGGUAAUAUGGCUGACAUUUAGGACGGGCAAGAGCAAUCCUGGGUGGCAAAAAAGACUUUUCUGAAUAAGGUCUAUUAGAAGCUGAAUGAGGAAGAGAAUAACAUGCACCUGUAUGUUCUUGCAGUAACAUAUUCCUCACCUCAUGCCCCACACUUGCAGGGAGAAUUAGCAAUGGAUGAGAAGGCUGGAUCAAAGCACUACUUUAGUCUGAAAAGGGAAGGGAAUGAAUGCAGUUUUCCCAAGUCUCUAGUGUGUUAAACACUAGCUGAAACUUCCAUGAGCUGUGGCCCCAUUGUCCCCAGAGCUCCCCUUGUUUCCCUGGUGUCCCCCCAACUUUCCUGCACAACACUGUGAAUAUGAUAUCCGUAGCUCUUUUCAAAACUUUGGGUUUUUCCAUUAAAACUUCUCAGAGCAGGAAAUGCUGUCCUACUGCAGGAGCAGACAGGACAUGACCCCCCAACAGGCCACAGAUAGUUGAGCAGUGGGAGAGAAAGUUUUAAGAGUUAACAAAGGAAGUGGCUUUGUACAGCAAUUUUCUAAUCAAACACUUGUCUUGUAACAAACUUAACUGACAAUCAAUUUCUAAAAUACAAAAGCCUCUUAGAGGAAAUAGUCAAGUAUAUCUUCACCAGAAAGAUUUAACUGGGAUAACUUAAUAAAGAGCACAGGAUUUUAGGAUUUUUUCCUUUUUUUUCUUUUUUUUCUUUUUGAGCAAUCACUCCAGAAAUGUAGUUGCAUUCAGCAGCAGUGUAUUCACAGGACAGUAACUACCUCUCUCUCUUGGAGUGCUGAGGUUACCACACUACACAACACACUCUAGCAGCAAAGCUUUCACUUUAAAGAGAUUUGUUUUCCUUACCUCUGUGUUUCAGAAAUGCAAGUCUGCUCUGUAAAGUGACUCUAAUGAAAAUGGCAUCUGGGAGGGGCAAUGGGAGUCCUUUGGGGUACACACAGUCCUUCUUGGCCUCCAGUUCCUUACUGUGACCCUUUGCAGGUUGGCCAAGGGACUCUGACAGUUCAGGGGGACUUUGUCACCUCCUCUGUGCUGCCUGACAGUGAACUGUCCUCUGGGCUAGAGCUGUAAGACCACAUUCCUGUACUAGGAAAUCAGUUAAUGGUGAGGAAGGUAAAAGGAGUAUCCAUCUCCCUCCUGCCUCCAAACAGCAGCCAACAAUAAAAAAAAAAAAAAAAAAAGAAAAAAAAAAAAAAGCAGAAAAAAAGCAAUAAGAUAAUAUAGAAACACUUUUAUAUAUUGUUCAUUAGCGGAUCUGACUCUGCAAAUAUAUAUAUAUAUUUAUAUAUAUAUAUAUACACACACACACAUACAGAGAGGAAAUCUCUCAUGUGAAAAGGUGCCAUUGUUUUUUCUAAACAGAGUCCCUUUCUAAACUAGAACAGCACUUUAAAUAGGUUCCUCUUUAAAAAAAAAAAAAAAAAAAGUAAAAAGCAAACCCUUUUCUGCCGCAAUGCACUUUAACUGGUCAGAUGAGUACAGCUGUGGCUGGCUUGGGACACAGCUGUACAGGCAGGCAGCUCCAGGGCAGCCACAGCUUGGGGGGAGCAAUGUUGCCAGACACUUGGGCAUGGCAGCUCUACCUCCAGCAGCCCCCCAGGCCAGCAUGGCCCCCACACCACCUGGAGUAGCCCCACUGUGCCCAAGCACUGAUGGGGCUGGUGGCUGUUAAGGGACUUCAUAAUGUGUCAAGAGAAACCCACCCUUGCCUAUCAAGAAGAUUUAAACCCCAUUUUUUAACGGGUCAGAAGUUGCACCCAGUUACAACCCGGCUGGUGGCCCAGGGCUGAGCUAAGCUGAACAGCAAAGCCAGGAGAAAACUGUUACUGGGGUUGUGGGGUUUUUCCAUAACAUGACUAUGGAGCCCUUGUCAGUUCUUUUGGUUUUUUUUUCUUUUUUAAUCCAAGUUUGUGUGUCCCACAUUGAUUCUGCUGUGAGCUGGUUUGCAGAGUAACCAUUUGUAACAGAAAUUUUGCUGUCACCUUCAGCUAGUGACCUGUAAACCAAACCUUGUUAGGACAGGUGUCCUAAUACUCAAGACUUAAUUUCACAGUUAAGAAAUUUCCUGCUGUACUAAUUAUUCUUUAUUAUUUUAUUUUUGAUUGCAGUCCUUAUUUCAAGAAAAAGAAGUCAGUGUUCAGACUAGUCUAGAGUAGGCUGAAGCCUUCUGUAACUUGUGGAUAUCAGACUGUUCUUCAGUGAUUUUGCAAGCUGUUUCCAAACUGGCCCUCCAUGACUGCUUCCCUUUUCCUCUUCCAGCGGGUGCUGGCAAACAGAAGUUCCAUGGCCAUUGUGUCCAGGGACGGCCAGCACUGCUGGAGGGGAGUGAGCAGAGGUAGAAGGGGAACCAGAAUUGGGAAAGGGGGAAAGAAAACCAAGGUAGAGGGGACUGUACAAUUGCAUUGAAAGCAGUUUAGCAAAAAGCGCUCUCAUUGGACAGCUUUAAGAACAAUGUGAAUGAAAAUUUAGCAACUUGGGUAAGAAUUUGGAAAAUGCUAUAAAUGUAUACUUGAAAUUCUGUUUGUAUUAAAAAAAAUGAAUUUUCUUCUUUCUUUUAACACUGUGUAAAAGAACAUUAUGCAUGUGAGUGGUUUGAGAAUUAAAUGGUUUAAUACUCA